AUGGAUCUCGUAGAGCUUAAAGGUUAUCUACGCAAAAAGUCGCGCCACGAUCGAUGGCAGCGCCGCUACUUCGAGGCUACAACGCACUACUUGACGUACUACAAGAGUCGAGAAAGCGAAAAACUUUUGGCAUGCAUCGAUCUUUGGAGAACACAAACUAUCGAUUUUGUACCCACGGACGAAGACAAAUUGGAGUUUUUCAUUGCCAUUGGCGAGCAAUCCUAUCUGCUUAAAGCUGACAGUCAGGACGAUGCUGAGCGAUGGGUUAAGGGCUUACAAGUACGUCAGCGCCGUCCUGAGGGCACGCCUUCCGAGGUCUUUAGCUUGCGUAGCGAACAUCUGGACGCUGAGAGCGAUGUCUCAAGUGACUAUGGCGGUCGACGUCAUCGGAAUGCGUCAUCCGACUCGGGUGGUCAUCGCUCAUCCUAUUCACUAUCUUAUGGCGAGACGCAGAAUCCGGUAGUUCCAAAUGCUGCUGCUAUAGCAAGACUCUCGCUGUCACAUGCUGACGCUAUUAAUCCUGUGGUUCCGAACGCUAAUUCGAUGGCGCGUUUGUCGAUACCCCAAGCAGAAGCUUCCGAUCCAAUUGCUCCAAAUACUACUGCAUCGACAGAGUUAAAAUAUCCAAUGGUCAAUAAUAACCAACAAAUCACGCGGUCGACAGUAACGACGAAGAUUGCUUCAAAGACAGCGGAGGAUGAAGUCAAUAACAAUGCACAGUGCUGUGCCCCAUGCGUAAUAAUGUAA